AUGCCCAGGACAGGGGCGGGGACAGGGGUAAGCCACGGGGGAAAGUCGCGAGCAGAGGAGAGCAACAAGCCGAGAAAAGCCACGGAGACGAGGCACGAGCAAAGGAAAGCCACGGAGGAAAACCACGAGCGGGUCCCGUCAAGCCCCAAGGAGACGUACUGCGAAGCGACCUACACACGGGCUCAUACCCCCGCCUGCGCAAAGUCUACGGCCUGGGAUCGGGAGUGGCAGCUGGAGCGGCAGGGCAAGGCAAGGCCUACGGCCUGGGAUUCGGAGUGGCAGCUGGAGGGCUACAAUGUGUGGUACAGAGUGAGGACGCGAAAACAUUGGGACGUACCGCGAAGCAAUCUACACGCAGCGGCGCGGCUCAUACCCCGCUUGCGCCAAGCCCCAGCCCAUGGUCCGGAGCGGUGUGCGCCAUACGCACUAGGGACUAGCGCCAUCGAGCUGCCUCUGGCCCUCUUUCAGCCUCAGCCAUUGGGGCAAUCCCCACGGAGCCUCCACACCAGAGGUUCCUAG